AUGGCGGAACGGAAGCUCCUCGUUCUCUUUGGCAGCCAGACUGGGACAGCUCAAGAUACAGCCGAGAGAAUUGGCAGGGAAGCCAAGCGGCGCCGCUUUCACUGCAGGGUAGAGGCCCUGGACAGUUACCCUGUGGCGCAGCUGAUCCAGGAGCUGCUGGUGGUAUUUGUGUGUGCAACCACAGGCCAAGGGGACCCGCCUGACAACAUGAAGAAUUUCUGGAGGUUUAUUUUCCGAAAGAACCUGUCCCCCGCCUCCCUUUGCCAGAUGGACUAUGCCGUGCUGGGCCUCGGAGACUCCUCCUAUCCCAAGUUUAAUUUUGUUGCGAAGAAGCUGCACAAGCGGCUGCAGCAGCUCGGGGCCAGCCCCAUCCUGCCAGUAGCCUUGGGGGACGACCAGCACGACUUGGGGCCGGAUGCAGUGGUUGAUCCCUGGCUACUGGACUUGUGGGGAAGGAUCCUACCCUUGUACCCUCUGCCUCCUGGCCUUGGCAUUAUCGGCCCAGAUGUCCUUUUACCUUCCAAGUUCACUCUGCAUUUUCUGGAUGAGCACUCCAGUGGCUGCGACGGGGAGGCAGCCAGGCAGGCCCCCUCAGAGCUGCACCCCUUUGCUGCCCAGGUGGUGUCCAACCUCAGAGUCACGGCGGAAUCACACUUUCAGGACGUCCGGCUCAUUGAGUUUGAUGUCACAGGCUCUGGGAUUGAGUACAGUGCGGGAGACGUGGUGAUGAUCCAGCCCCGGAAUGCCCCUGAGGACGUGCAGCAGUUCUGCCAACUCCUGCGCCUGGAUCCAGACAGAUGCUUCGUGCUGAAGCCCUCUGAGCCCGGAACCCCCCUUCCUGCCCACUUGCCACAGCCAUGCACCAUCCAGCAUCUGGUCGCCUGCUACCUGGACAUUUCCUGUGUUCCCCGUCGCUCUUUCUUCGAGCUCUUCUCCUGGUUCUCGCCAAACGAACUGGAGCGGGAGAAGCUGCAGGAAUUCAGCUCUGCGCAGGGCCAGGAGGAGCUCUACAGCUACUGCAACCGGCCCCGCAGGACCACCUUGGAGGUCCUCUGCGAUUUCCCUCACACCACUUGUGCUGUUCCGCUUGACUACCUGCUGGACCUCAUCCCCCGGAUCCAGCCCCGUGCCUUUUCCAUCGCCUCCUCCAUGCUGGCUCUCCCCAACAGACUCCAGAUCCUCCUGGCUGUGGUGCAGUACAAGACACGCCUCAGCAAACCCCGACGUGGCCUCUGCUCGACCUGGCUGGCAUCCCUCCGCCCGCAGCAAGGGGCUGUCCGGGUGCCUCUGUGGGUGAAGAGGGGGGGGAUGAAGUUCCCUGUGGAGCCCGACACCCCCAUCAUCAUGAUUGGCCCUGGCACGGGAGUGGCACCCUUCAGAGCAGCCAUACAAGAGCGCGUUGCACACGGCAGGAAAGGGAACUAUUUAUUUUUUGGCUGCCGCCAGAAAUCCAAGGACUUUUACUGCGGGGCUGAGUGGCAGGAGCUGGUGAAGAGCGGGCACCUGACUCUCUUUACAGCCUUCUCCAGGGACCAGAAAUGCCAAGCAAAUGCCGGCAGCAGUAGCAGAAGCCCUAAAAUCCGUGUUCCAGUUGGAAGGGGACCUGUCCCCCUCAGAAGCCGAGGAGUAUCUAACAGCCUUGGAAAGGUCCCAUCGCUUCCAGAUGGAAACCUGGUCGUAAGCCUGGAGCCGAGCCUGGGACUGCCUGCUCCUGGCCAUUCCCCCGCCCAGCCAAAUGCUUGUAGCUAUGUGGGAGUGUCCAGGCACAGACAACGUCCAAUAAACCCGUCAGCACCUUGUAUCAGCCUCACACUUCAGUCCGAGGGCGUCUCAGUCGGCACAGUUGCCCUGCCGGUGACAGGGUGUUGGUCCUGGAGGUGGCUGGGUUUGUCCCCACACCAGCCCCUGCACCCAUAG